UUUUGAAUAAAUACCCUGUCCAUACCUCACCCAGCAUUAUGACUAGCUCAUGGAGUGAGCUGGACUCGGAGGAUCAUCAAUAACUAUUUUUUGAACUCUCCUUCCGCUCGUUCUGCUUUUUCAUUUAGUUCCUGAUUCUGACCCUGUCCCUCCCUGGGAGAGUCGCAUUCAUUCACUUGUCCAUUUCCUUUCGAAGCGUUAUAUAAUUUCGGGCUGCCUUGUUACUCGCGGAGAUUAAGUUUCUCAGACCUAGCUCCCCGUCAUAAUGGCCUAUCUCUUAUACUCCCUGACCCUUUUCGUCCUCAUUCUUGGAACAGUUCUCUAUUUUACUCGUAACCGGUGGCUUCCUCUUCUGCCCGUCCCAGACUAUUUCUACCAACGCCUUCCAACGACGUUCCAUGGCGAUGCCGAAUUAGGACUUUCCUCCGCCGAUUUUAGCCUUGCGUCAAACAUAGAAGCAGGCGAUGACCGUGGCGGCCUAGACGAGCGCGGCAAACGAGAAGUUCUGAAAAUUAUGAAAAGUAGACGGGUAGAUUUCAACGAGGCUCGAAAGAUCUAUAUGGAGCGACGGUUCGCGAAAAAUAAUAUUGGACCGGAUGGCAUGCCUAGAGAUCCCAAGUUUGUUUCAUUUUCGUGA